CAUCUUAAGAGAUUAGGGCAAAUCAUAUUGCCUCCAGAGAUAUGGAGCCCCCAUCUCACCAAUCAAGCACCCAAGAGUCUGGUCCGAUCCCUGCUCCAUGCUUCCAAGGAAUUAGAAUUGUUAGAGAAACCAAAAAUCUGGAAUCAUACUCACCAUGUGUCCUGCAUCACUCGAAGAAUAAAUCUCCUAUCUCUCCUCUUCCACGAACUCAACGAUAAAGACGUUGUCAUACCUCCUUCGGCAACGGCAAGUCUGAGAGAGCUCCUCACGGUGAUAAGCAAGACCAAAGAUAUAUUACUAGACACGACCACAAGCUUCUUAUGGGACAUCAUGGAGGCUGGUUCUGUGUCACGGCGAUUGCAGGAAAUCACGCGGGACAUGGCUAAGGCGCUCGAUAUGCUACCACUUGGGCUGCUGGCCGUGUCAAAGGAGGUCGUUGAUCACAUGCAAUUGGUUAGAAUACAUGUCAGAAGCAUUCCCGAGCGGGACGAGGAGGAAUCUAACCUGGUACGUGAGUUGGAGGAAGCCGUGGCAAGGCUGGAGAGGAAGGACGAAGGCGCGCCGCCGGAUGUGAAGAGGCUGAGAGACCUCUUCCUCUGUCUCGGUCUUGAUAGCCUCUCUAAAUGCAGAGACGAGAUCAAGAAACUGCAAUACCAGAUCUUAUUGCAAGCCGGCACAGAUGCCGCACCUUAUGCCGUGGAUAGAAUAAGGAGCUUGAUUGGUCUUGUGAUCCACGUCAAAUCGAUAGUAUUCAAAAGAGAAGAAAAGGAAGUGGAAGAUGAUGACUUUGAACUGGUGCCAUGUUCCCCCUCUUUUAGGGCUGCGGCGGUCUCGGGCUGGGGCUCGGCAACUAGCCGUUUAGUGGGCAAGGACAAAGAUGAUAGUUAUUGGAAUGUCCCGGAGGAGUUGAAGUGCCCGAUAUCGCUCGAUCUGAUGAGAGAUCCGGUGAUUGUAGAAUCAGGACACACAUACGACUGCGCAUCCAUCUCUGAAUGGCUUGACUCGGGCCACUCCACCUGUCGUCUCAGCGGCCAGAAGCUCCCACGCCAACCGCCUCUCAUUUCCAACUACGCAAUCCGAAGCCUCGUUAGCCAAUGGUGUGACCGCCACAACGUGCCCUUUCAUCUCAACAACGCCGCCGGCGUCGGAGACGAUGCCAUCAAAGUGACUGCCGCUUUCUUGGUAGGAAAGCUCGCCACGGGGUCUCAGCAAGUACAGACGCAGGCGGCUUACGAGCUGCGCCUCCUGGCCAAGCGCCGAACGGAAAUUCGCCAGUGCAUAGCUGAGGCCGGGGCGAUCCCUUUUCUUGUCCCUCUCUUAUCUUCCACUUCGGAUUCUAGGGCUCAGGAGAACGCUGUCACUGCGCUUCUGAAUCUUUCCAUCAACGAUAACAAUAAGUCUCUUAUAAUGGCUACGUCCGGUGCCGUGGACGCCAUUGUGGAAGUGGUGCAAAAUGGAGGCACUAUGGCUGCUCGAGAGAACGCCGCUGCCUUGAUUUUUAGUCUUUCUGUGGUGGCCGAUUACAAGGUCACCAUUGGCGCCAAGCCUUCCGCCAUUCCUGCGCUGGUGGCCCUCCUACGAGAAGGCAAUUGUAGAGGUAAGAAGAACGCUGCUACUGCUCUUUAUAACCUUUCAGUGUACAAGAGCAACAAGGAUGCCGUUUUGAAGGCCGGUGUACUGGGUAUGCUGCUGAAUAUUGUUGUGGAAAGAAGGGACGAGGAGAAGGAAAGCGCGACAGCAAUAGACGAUGCUCUCGCGCUUCUAUCCCUUCUGGCGGGCUGUGCUGAAGGGUUGGAGGAGAUUUUGAGCAGUGAGAAGCCGGUCAUUCCUUCUUUGAUUAAUUUGAUCAGUGUAGCAUCCGACAGAGGAAAAGAGAACGCCAUUGCAGUGUUGACAGCCAUGUGUCACAGUGGUGGGGAGGCUAUGGUCGGAAGGUUGGCAGAGAGCAUUAUUCCAUUUUUGCAAAUGGUGGCCUCCACUGGUUCAUCUCGAUUGAAAAGAAAAGCCGCCUCGCUUCUCAAAAUCCUCACGGCUCGCCCCACACAGUACCCCACUGCAAAUGGGUAAUUUUUUAUACAUCAAUUUCACGUUACCGAGCGACCAUAGGAAGAAACUUACCAAGUCGGUGGAACUGGAGAGGCGUUUAAGAUUAACUGGGUUUUGUCAUAGCUAUAGCUGUCUUUAGUUUAUAAUAGUGACGGAAGACAUCUAGCAUAGGCAAAUUGGUCUUUGCCUGUUGCAGAGACAGUUUCCAGGGUUCGGUACCCGAAAAAUCAUAAAUAAUU